AGGGUGUCACAAGUCUGAAGCUUUAACAUCGUCUCUUCCAUAAAAACAAACCUCUUUCAAAACAGUGGAAACACUUUUCCAUCUUUUAGUUCCCGAAAGUUUUUAAAAAGGCCAAAAUGUCAAUGGAAAAGCCACCGUUGGCCUCUGGUUUAGCUCGGACACGGUCGGAGCAGUUAUACGAGACGGUGGCCGCAGCCAUAAAAUCACCUCACGGCUCCAUGGACGCUAAUGGUGUGCCUGCGACGGCUCCGGCGUCUAUCGGUGGUGGUGGAGGAGGGACUUUGUCGAGGAAAUCAAGCAGGAGACUGAUGAUGGGGGCGUCUCCGGGGAGGAGUGGCGGAGCCGGAACACACAUAAGGAAGUCUAGGAGUGCUCAGCUUAAGUUUGAGCUAGAGGAGGUUAGCAGCGGAGCGGCUCUGAGCCGAGCGUCCAGUGCAUCGCUCGGACUUUCGUUUUCGUUCACUGGUUUCGCUAUGCCGCCGGAGGAAAUCUCCGACUCCAAACCGUUCAGCGACGACGAGAUGAUACCGGAAGAUAUUGAAGCGGGAAAGAAGAAGCCUAAGUUUCAAGCAGAACCAACAUUACCCAUCUUUCUCAAGUUCAAGGAAAUUACAUACAAAGUGGCGAUAAAGAAAAUGACUAGUAAAUCUGGAGAGAAAGAGAUAUUGAGUGGGAUAAGUGGGAGUGUGGAUCCUGGUGAAGUUCUUGCUCUCAUGGGUCCUUCAGGGAGUGGCAAAACAUCUCUUCUUAGCUUACUCGGUGGUCGAAUCUCUCGCUCCUCUACCGGAGGCUCUGUUACUUACAACGACAAGCCUUACUCUAAAUACUUGAAAAGCAAGAUCGGGUUUGUGACUCAAGACGAUGUUCUGUUUCCUCAUCUUACCGUGAAAGAAACGCUAACCUACGCUGCUCGUUUGCGUCUACCAAAGACUCUUACGAGGGAACAGAAGGAGCAACGAGCUUUUGAAGUUAUCCAAGAGUUAGGUUUGGAGAGGUGCCAAGACACUAUGAUUGGAGGAGCAUUCGUGCGUGGUGUAUCAGGUGGAGAGAGGAAAAGGGUUUCUAUUGGAAACGAGAUUAUCAUUAAUCCCUCUCUGUUACUUCUCGAUGAACCAACUUCCGGUUUAGAUUCCACCACUGCUCUUAGAACCAUCCAGAUGCUCCUCGACAUCGCCGAGGCGGGGAAAACAGUGAUCACAACGAUACAUCAGCCUUCGAGUAGGCUUUUCCAUAGAUUCGACAAGCUGAUUCUACUGGGAAAAGGAAACCUUCUCUAUUUUGGGAAAUCAUCAGAAGCUUUGGUUUACUUUUCUUCCAUUGGAUGCUCUCCUCUUAUCGCCAUGAAUCCUGCAGAGUUCUUGCUUGAUCUCGCAAAUGGUAACACCAACGAUAUCUCUGUGCCUUCUGAGUUAGAGGAUAGAGUUCAAGUUGGCAAUUCAGGCAGAGAAAAUCAAACUGGCAAGCCAUCUCCUGUUGCUGUUCAUGAGUAUCUGGUGGAGGCAUACGAAACUCGAGUUGCAGAACAGGCCAAGAAGAAACUAACGGAUCCUGUGCCACUGGACGAAGAAGCUAAGGCUAAAGACUUUCGUCUAAAGCGACAAUGGGGAACGAGCUGGUGGGAGCAAUACUGCAUACUCUUCUCCAGAGGACUCAAGGAGCGGAGACACGAAUACUUCAGCUGGUUGCGUGUCACACAAGUUCUUUCCACUGCUGUCAUUCUAGGUCUUCUCUGGUGGCAGUCGGAUAUUCGGACUCCAAGAGGACUACAAGAUCAGGCCGGUUUGCUCUUCUUCAUAGCGGUUUUUUGGGGAUUUUUUCCGGUUUUCACAGCUAUCUUUGCGUUUCCGCAAGAGCGAGCGAUGUUGAAUAAGGAAAGAGCAGCGGAUAUGUACAGAUUAAGCGCUUAUUUCCUAGCUCGGACCACGAGUGAUCUCCCUCUCGACUUUAUUCUGCCUACUCUCUUCCUUCUCGUCGUCUACUUCAUGACAGGUCUUCGGCUCAGCCCAUAUCCCUUCUUCUUGAGCAUGCUCACGGUUUUCCUUUGCAUCAUUGCAGCUCAGGGACUCGGACUUGCUAUUGGUGCAAUUUUGAUGGACUUAAAGAAGGCUACGACUUUGGCUUCAGUAACUGUCAUGACAUUUAUGCUCGCCGGAGGAUUCUUUGUUAAGAAAGUACCGGUUUUCAUCUCGUGGAUACGCUACCUAUCCUUCAAUUACCACACGUACAAGCUUCUUCUUAAAGUACAAUAUCAAGACUUUGCUCAAUCCAUCAACGGGAUGAGAAUAGACAAUGGACUGACUGAAGUGGUCGCACUGGUUGUCAUGAUUUUCGGUUAUCGCUUCCUCGCUUAUCUGUCUCUCAGGCAAAUGAAGAUCACAACAUAACCCAUUUUGCACUAGUAACAAAAUAACUGGUCGUGAAAGAAGCCUUGAUUGGAUAAGUGAUCUGUCUUUAGUUUGUAUUAGUAUAUCGAAAUCUAAAUUGUUCAUGUCUAUUAACAAGAAGAACCUUAUUAUAUAAGGUUUGAUCAUAUCUUCUCAAGUCCUAAUCAUUUAUAGAUUUUGUGGAUUUACUAUCAGUAUUCACACUUCA